AUGCCGCUCGGUCGGCGGAACUGUAUUAUCAUCGGUAAUAUCCUGAUCACGAUAGGGGGUGUCAUACAGGCGGCAUCCUAUUCCGUCCCACAAAUUAUUGUCGCCCGUGUGCUUUGCUCUGAAAUGAGCAUUGAAGCUCGAGAGCGAGGUCCAGAAGUAGCAAUUAACUGCUCGGCUUUAUUGCUAGGAGUAGCCCUCUCAUACUGGGUCAGUUUCGGCUUUACACGAAUGACAAACCAGAUUUCUUGGAGAUUGCCUAUUGCAAUGCAGUCUAUAUUCUCCAUCCUUUCCGGUACCAGCAUGUUCUUCCUUCCAGACACCCCUAGGUGGUACUAUAUGCGCGAUCGCAUAGAGGAGGGAGAUAAAACUCUAUCACGACUAUACGGUGUAUACCGAAAAGGAAUGCCGAGCUAUGGUGAUAUUCCAGAGAUUCAAGAUAUGAAAUCAACCAUCCUGGUCAGCCUUAGGGUUGAAGAAGAAUCGGAAAACAAGCUCACGUUCUUGAGUAUCAUCUGGGACAACACCCCUCUCCGAGUUGGCCGGCGCAUCCGUAUCUCCUUCAUCAUCCUGGGAAUCCAGCAGUCGAUGGGAAUCAAUAUCAUGGUUUAUUACAUGACUCGGAUUUUCUCGGAAGUUGGCCUUUCCAGCUUUAUGGCCUCUCUUAUUGCCGCACUGGCGUUGACAGUGCAGUGGAUGGGCUCAUGGGUUUGUAUUCCUACAAUAGAGCGCAUCGGGCGGCGGAGAAUUAUGAUGUUGACGGGGUCGGUUCAGACAUUUUGCCUGCUGAUUUUUGUGGUAUUGAAUAUGAUUGAGAACAAAACAGAUGCUACGCGCUGGGCAGCUGCGAUGAUCCUAUUCCCCUAUUUAUUCUUCUAUGGAUGGGGAUGGGUCGGGUGCCCCUGGCUUUAUGGACCCGAGAUUGCACCUUUGAGGUACCGCCACAUUGGCUCCGCAGCCGGACUCCUGGGCGUAUGGGUAUUUACGUUCAUCACGGUCUUCGCUGGCGGAAUUGCGUUGAAGACGGUGGGAGCCCGGAUCUGGAUCUGGCCACUGAUUUUCAACGUCAUCGCGGUCAUUUUUGUUUACUUUAUGUGUCCGGAUCCUACUGGAAAGACGCUUGAAGAAAUUGACCAGCUGUUUGCUAAAGAUGGCGCGCUGCUGGACCGUCUCAGCCAAUCAGAUACCGAAAAGGAAUGUGUGCAUGAGGUGGAGAACAGCGCAUGA